CAACGGACGGUGCGAGUUCACGAGCGUCGGUUUCUGCGCUUCGCAACGCGAUCUUCCGAUAUAUUCGACAUCAAAAUUAUUAUUAGUAUUAUUAUUAUUAUUGGAGUUGUAUUUCAUGUGGAUUUUGUUGGAUUGUGAUGGUUUUUUGGUUAUGAUUUUGUGACGAUUUUUUGUUUAUUGUGGACGUGGUUUAUGGAUUAUCUUCAAUUCUAAAGAUGAAGCUCUGAGCACAAAUGCCAGUCAAGAUGAAGGAAGUCUUGGUGCUUGCCGUGUGCGCACUCCUCUUCCCGUUCGGCCACAGCGUGGAGCCAUCCCAAUGUCACAGUCAGCUGGGCAUGGAAGAUGAAACGAUCCACGACGACGACAUCACCGCCAGUUCGUCGUUCGAUCAGUCGAACGUUGGGCCGCACCACGGAAGAAUAAGAAAAGAGAAAAAUGGAGGUGCUUGGUGUCCCCAAUCACAGGCCACUCCAGAUAGUAAAGAGUGGAUUCAAAUUGACCUCCACACUGUCCACAUGAUCACUUCCACAGAAACGCAAGGUCGUUUCGGUAACGGACAAGGAGUCGAAUUUGCAGAAUUUUAUACCAUAGAGUACUGGCGGCCACGCCUCAACAAAUGGAUCCGUUACCGCAACAGACAAAACAACGAACUUAUCAAGGGCAACAUCAACACUUACCUGGCUUCCAAACAAGUGUUGGACCCCCCAAUUUGGGCCAGCAAAGUGAGGUUCCUCCCGUACAGUUCACACAAACGUACCGUGUGCAUGAGGGUGGAGGUGUACGGCUGCAAGUGGACUGACGGCAUAGUCAGUUACUCCAUGCCCCAGGGCGACAAACGCGGAACGAGCUGGGAGUUCUACGACACAGUUUACGACGGUCACUGGGACGGAGAGAAGUUGAAGUACGGUCUCGGUCAGCUCACCGAUGGACACGUAGCUCCUGAUGAUUUCAAGGAGACCUUCUACCCAGACGCGUCACAAGGAUGGGUGGGCUGGAGGAACGACACCAGGGACAACCAACCCAUCGAAAUCACCUUCGAGUUCGACAAGGUGCGCGAAUUCAGCGCCGUGCACAUCUUCUGUAACAACCAGUUCACCAAAGAAGUGCAAGUGUUUUCCGAAGCUAAAGUGUUGUUCAGUGUUGGUGGCAAACGGUACAAGGGCAAGCCGAUCACGUACGAUUACAUCGAGGAUCGCAUCUUCGAAACGCCCCGUAAUGUUUCCAUUAAGCUGCACCAUCGCGUCGGCAGAUUCGUGAAGCUACAGUUGCACUUUGCUGCCAGGUGGAUUUUACUGAGUGAGAUCACCUUCGACUCCAUUGUCGUAAAUGGUAAUUUUACUGAAGAGGAAGAGGAAGAAGAGGAAUCAAUAAUAAAGAAGGAUCAGAUUCCUACUCCAGGCAUCGAGCACAAGAACAUGGUGACUGCCGUUAAUUCUAGUCCAGGGUUGGGACAGUAUUUGGGUGUGAUUGUGGGCAUCUUGUCAGUAUUAGUAGUUUUGAUGAUUGCUGUGGUGUUAUACGUUGUGAUUCAGCAGAAGAGAUACAAAUCAUCACCCAGACCAUCACAGGUUCCUGGAGGUUGCGACAAAGCAGCCCUCUACCGCGAGCCAAGCCUGGGGCGGAUUCCGGGAUGCUCGGAUUACGCCGACAUCAGAGACCCAGAAUACGCGGUCCCUUUGCAACAGCCCCUGACACCCAGAGGUCCACCCCCAAUCCACAACUUCGGUCAGAAGCCUCCCCCCGUUCCACCACCCCCUGAGACUUAUUACGCCGCCAGGGACGUGUGUACGGGCUUUGUGCCGCCUCCGCCGCCUCUUUCCACGCCGCCCCCAGUGCGGUUAAGCCGCCAGCCGCGGUAUAUAACCAACACUAGGACCUAUGUGGGACCCUGAACUGUGAUAUAAAGGAAUGUAUGCCAGGCCGACUGGAGACUUGUCGACAAAGAUGAAUGGGACGUCGAUUUUAUCUAUGAAAGGCUGACUUCUACCAAAUAAUGCGCCGCUUUAUUUAUCUAUAGAUAAUAGAUAUAAUAUGAGAAUGUGUACAUCCGCUUACGUACAUAAGACAAUCCAAUAUUGAUAAAUGUAUUCUUAAGUAUAUACAUAAAUGUCUGUAAAUAUUACUCCCUAUUUUAAAUUAUGAACUGUUUAUACCUUUGUACAUAUCCUACUGUAUUGUAUAUAAAUUAUAUUAGUGAUAAU